AUGGAUCCGAUUAGGGAGAAAAGGCUUGGCCUAGAUAUUAAACCUCGUCUUAGGGAAGGGAAAAGACACUCUCUCGUUUCAAAGGAGACAGAAUUUAUUCAGUUUAUUAUGCCCUCCAAUCCAAAGAAAGGAAAGACUAGUGCUAUAAAGUGCACAGAAAAUUUAAAGGAGUUUUACGAAAAUGAAGACGAGUUCAAAUUCUCUGAAGCGAAACCUGAGCAACAGCAACAAAAACCUGCACAGGUGGUCAAGGCGAAAAAGAGACAGGCUGUUACUCCUGCUUCGGAGUUCCAAGAUUCUGAUCCCGAAGAUGAUGAAUAUGACAAGGGCGGAAGUGAUCUUGAGAUGCAAGGAAUGCUGAACAGUUUUGGAGCUGACAUAACAAAGACGUUGACAGCCAAACGUAAGAGAAUUCAAACCUUCACGCAAGCCUCAAUGAAGGCAAGCACUCGAAAGUUUGACGAGGUGUGGCAGUCACAGCAACACGAAAGAGGCACUCAUUAUGAUGAAUUCAGCAAACAGGUCAUGAAUGUGCUCAACCAGUGGGAAACAGAUUUGCAAAAAACAAGAGAAGCAGAAGAGAAAUUAGAGAAUCUGUACAAACAGCAACAAAAGCUGUUUCAACAACAACGCAUUGUGCAGAGUCAAAGACUCAAACGGGUACGCCAGCUUCAUGAAGAACAUACUAAGAACUUACAACAAAUGCAGAAAAAUCACCAAGCCCAACACGUUAGUGUCCAGGAGCAACUUCGCAAGGAGAUUAACGUUUUGCAAAAAAAGAUUCUAAUGGAUACGCAACAACAGGACUUUUCAAGUGUUCGAAGGUCUCUUCAAAGCAUGUUGGCGCAAGUAUAG